UCACCGUGUACCGCAUGCAGCAGUACGAGCUGGGCGGGCAGCCCUACGAUGUCCUUGUGGUCUGCUCUUGGAGAGUGCUGGAGCUGCUGGAAAGCCUCCAGGCUGCUGCUCUCCCAGUGGAUUGCAUUUUCCUGUGAGGGAUUUGAUAUGCUGGAACCGAGAGCAGGAGAGAGCGAGCAGUUCAAAGCAGGCUGCACAGGAACAUCCCAGUGCAUGAGCCAGAACAGCCUGUGUGGCUGUGGUGGAGAGGAACCUUGGGGAAGGCUGUGUAGUGCUGCAGGAAGGCACGAGGAGCGCGGUGCUCAACACGGAGGCGCGCACGGUCGAGGCGGACGUGCUGAGCCGCCGCUGCGUCAUGAUGCGCCUGGUGGAUUUCUCCUACGAGCAGUACCAGAAGGCUCUGCGCCAGUCCGCGGGUGCUGUGGUCAUCAUCCUGCCCCGAGCCAUCUCCUCUGUCCCCCAGGAUGUCGUCAGGCAAUUCAUGGAGAUCGAGCCGGAGAUGCUCGCGAUGGAAACCAUCGUGCCAGUCUACUUUGCAGUGGAAGAUGAAGAGCUGCUGUCUAUCUAUGAGCAAACGCGGGCUGCUUCUGCCUCCCAGGGCUCUGCCUCGGCUGCAGAAGUCCUGCUGCACACAGCAACUGCCAAUGGCUUCCAGAUGGUGACCAGCGGGGCUCAGAGCAAAGCCAUCAAUGACUGGCUCAUCCCCAGCGUGGAGGGAAGGCUGACGGGGCUGGGUGGAGAAGACCUGCCCACUGUUGUGAUAGUUGCCCACUAUGAUUCUUUCGGAGUGGCUCCAUGGCUGUCACACGGGGCUGACUCCAAUGGCAGCGGCAUCUCGGUGCUGCUGGAACUCGCCCGGCUCUUCUCCCGGCUCUACACCUACAGACGUACCCACGCGGGGUACAACUUGUUGUUCUUCGCAUCUGGAGGUGGCAAGUUUAAUUAUCAAGGAACCAAGCGGUGGCUGGAGGACAACUUGGAUCACACGGAUUCCAGCCUGCUGCAGGACAACGUAGCGUUUGUUCUCUGCCUCGAUACUCUGGGCCGAGGCAACAGCCUCCACCUCCAUGUCUCAAAGCCUCCCAAGGAGGGCACCUUGCAGCAUGCGUUCCUGAGGGAGCUGGAGAUGGUUGUUGCCAGCCAGUUCCCCGAGGUGAAGUUCUCCAUGGUGCACAAGAAGAUAAACCUGGCUGAGGACAUGCUGGCGUGGGAGCACGAGCGCUUCGCCAUCCGCCGCUUGCCCGCCUUCACCAUCUCCCACCUGGAAAGCCACCGGGACAGCCGGCGCAACAGCAUCAUGGACAGGAGGUCACGAAUAGACACUAAGGCACUAAUCAGGAAUACCAGGAUCAUUGCUGAGGCUUUGACAAGGGUCAUCUACAACCUGACAGACAAGGGAGCACCUGCAGAUCUGCAGAUCUUCACGGACCAGAUGCAGAUCCAGCAGGAGCAGCUGGAAUCAGUGAUGGACUGGCUGAGCAGUCAGCCCAGGGCUGCGCAGCUCAUCGAUAAAGACAGCACCUUCCUCAACACCUUAGAAUAUUACAUGGGUCGCUACCUGAAGGAUGUCAAACAGCAUCAUGUAAAGGCAGACAAAAGGGACCCUGAGUUUGUGUUCUAUGACCAGCUGAAGCAGGUGAUGAAUGCAUACAGGGUCAAGCCAGCAAUCUUUGACCUGCUCCUGGCUGUCUGUAUCGCCGCCUACCUUGGUGUUGCCUAUGUGGCAGUGCAGCACUUUGGUCUCCUUUACAGGAUGAUACAGAGAUUAUCCCUUAAAACCAAGCAGCAGUGAAGCCCUGAGUCACCACCCAGACAGCAGCACUGAGCCAUCGGUGAGCCCAUCAGGAACCUUCUCUGCCUUCCAUUGAAUCCUGCUGUUUCUCUUCCUCCGUCUCCUCUUUGCUUCUCUAUAGAGGGGAGGAAGGCAGAAAGAACAUGACAUUUUAACUCUUGUGCACCUUUUAAGUGCUUUUCUUCACCUUCUUCCCCUGCCUUGCACCAUGUCUGGUUUCCUUUGCUUUUGGCAAGGGAGGGGCUCAGAGACAUCAGGAGUUCUGCAGGUUGGUCCAACGCUGACUGGCUGGUUCUGAGCAGCUUCUGUGAGUGUAAAACCAAGUCCAGCACCUUCAUUGGACACACGUGCCAUACUUGGAAACUACAGAGUAGAGUGAUGUGUUACCUCUGCCCAGCAAACAGGACUCAGAGCAGUUGUUUAAACCAAAAAGCAGUGCACAUGAAAUUAAAGAGAAUACUAUUAGCCUGGUUUCUUAUGGCACCUCUUCCUUAUCUUUCCAGGCCUGGCUUUAGGAAGGUGGGUUGAGCAAUUAGACUGUGCAAUAACUCCCUCCCUUCACAAGGAGCUGCACUGGAACUGAUCUCCGCUGUUCCUGGCAGGAUGAGGCAAGAUUGACCAAGCAGGUUCCUUGCAGUAGGGUUUGUGCCAGGGCAGGUUCUCUCCUGUCUCUAGUGGAAGAUGCGUUGUGCUGGGUACUUGGUUUCUCUGGUCCUUGAGCAGUCCACGGCUGCCAUCGCUCUGUGCUAACCUCUGGCUUGGUUUUGAAGAGGUGUUCUACAGUUCCAACUGCUGUGGGACCCUGUUCUGUGCUGUUCCAUGUAUUUAAAUCAGCUGGUCAUAUUAAUAGCAAGAGCAGCCCAGCUCCUGCUGAGCUCUGGUCUGUAAUCCCUUCACUCUCCAUUCCUCAGCUUUCACUUCAAAUGGGGUCUGGAUUUUGGGGGCUUUUCCCAUGUUCACCUGCAUCUCAGGGUCUCAUUUCAUGUUUUUCAGCUCUUAUUAGUUUUGGAAACACUGUUCCUGGCCUGCACGUUCCCAGAGUGCUUGUUGCUGUCCUUUCAUGUGCUGCCCCCAAUGUGUAUGGAGGGAGGCAGGUCCCUUUAGCCAUUAAAAAGCAAAACAAACCUCAAAAUGAAGUUUUAUGAAUGUCAUUUUAAACAUGGCUCUUUCUAGAACAAUACCUAAGAGGGCAUCUCUUGGAACACACACUCUCUAUUACUUCGAUCCUUGAGCAAGGCUUAGUUUAACUUUGCUGGCUGCUUCUGGAUGGAGAGCAAAAUGUUGUUCAAAGAUCAGGCUUGCUUGCUCAAGAAUUGUCGUCUUGAAGCUCAGAGUCGAAAGCUUCCACCAAGGCAAUGUGGUAACAGCUCUGUCCCUGUCAGGGUUGUAGCAUUAAAGCAAAUCUUGACAGUAAACUGUUCACCCUCCAGUGCCUGGAACCAGUGGCAGCCCUUUAAAUGAAAGGUUGAAAGAGGUAGAGGAGGUUCAUAAACCUGAGGGGCACGUCACGUUCUCCCACACCAUUUGUCCUGUAAUCUGGAUGCAUUUUGUAUGGAUGGCUGCUAGAGAAAGUAGUUUUUGCUAUGGGAAAGGGUUUCUGCUUUCAGUCCAAGUGCAUGGGCGCUGAAAUGCUCUCCACUCCCAUCAAAUUCCAGCUUUCUCAUAGCCGGAGCAAAGCGAACUCCAUUCCCUCAGUGCUGCUUCCCUUGGGAAGCUGACAGAGGAGCUUGUAAAUAGACCCUGCUAUUCUGCUAGGUUUGGAAAACCCAAGGAAAAGGGUGCUGAGCCGUAGUGCAGCGCAUCUGCUCAAUUCUGCCCCUGCCAUGAGCCCCAGAGGCAGAAAUCCAACCACUCUUCUGGUGAAAUAAAAGCUCACAACACUGCAGCAGAGCUCUGUGUAGCUGGUUCUUCUUGCCUCUGUUUUUACUGAGCCUUUUGAUCAGGAGUUUCCGUGGCAUGUAAGGAAGAAGCAUGGAAAACAUACGUCCACCUGCACACAAGUGGCUAGCAGUGGAUGCUUCUAGCCAGAACCCCCUUGUCUUUGCUAUCUGCCUGAUGUUACCUGGUGCUGGCAGAGUCUGCACCUCCAAAAACCUGCUUUUCCAACAGGUUUAAGCACUGAAGCUGUUCCUUCUGCCCACUCCCACCCUUGCAAGCUCUGAUAGGGACUGUGAGCGGGUAGGUUGGACUGUUGUAGUCCAUCUCCCAAACAAGAGGUUGCUUUGUUGCUGUGAACUCAGUGCUACUGCGCAGUAGGAACUCUACCCUUGUACUCUGUGCGAAGAGGAAAGCCCCUGAAGCCAAAGCAGAGCUGGGUACCCCGCUCCCUGCGGCUGAAGGCAUCACCACAACCUCUCCAGAUGCUUCAAAGCACAGCAAACCACCCCAAAUUGUGGUGGUGGUGGUGGUUUGAAAUCACCCGCUGUCAUGUUGUUCAUAGCACAAGCUGGGUUUUCCACUGAAGAGCCAUUCAGCCUUGUUUGAACUGAUCUGAAGUGAUGGGGGAUGCUCCUCAGUGUCCCUGCAGGUUGAGCCUUGGGGAUGGCUCAAGUUUGGGCUCCAAAUUGAUCCGUUUUGUUUCCAUUUGGAGUUCUUGGAUAGCAGCUUCAAGGUGAUCAUCUGGAAUAGCUGCAACUCAGGAAAAAAGAGUUAAUGUCUCUAGCAAUGUUGACUCCAUUAUUUAUCUUGUGUGUGUCCGAAAGAACAAAUGUAUAUUGAGGCGACUAUUUAAAAGCUAAUAGAAAACUCAAUGCAGUUGAUUGAGCUAU